AUAACAACAAUUUUAACAAUGGAAAAUUCAAAACUGACUAAUGUCCCCCAGGAAAACAACCUGAAAGAAAAAGAAGAAGAAUUAAUAACAGAGGAAGAAUUGCAAGCAGUAAAAUCAAGCUGGCUUAACAAGACACAGCUGACCUCCAAGAAAUUGGAGUACCCGGUGCUGCCUAAGAAAGGCGAGCGAAACAUUUUGAUCACCUCUGCGCUGCCGUACGUGAACAACGUUCCUCACCUGGGAAACAUAAUCGGGUGCGUGUUGUCAGCUGACAUAUUCGCGCGGUUCUGUCGCCAGAAGAAUUACAACACCCUUUACGUGUCAGGAACUGACGAGUAUGGAACCGCGACUGAAGCCAAGGCCUUCGAGGAGAAGAUGACCUGCCAGGAAAUUUGCGAUAAGUACUUCACUAUUCACGACGAGGUCUACCGCUGGUUCAACAUCGCCUUUGAUAGGUUCGGGAGGACUUCUACCAAGGAACAGACCGAGGUUGUUCAACAGUUCUUCCUGAGGGUCAAGGAACAGGGGUACAUCUUCACGGACACCGUUGAUCAGUUACGGUGUGAAGGUUGUGAAAAAUUCCUGGCGGACAGAUUUGUUGAGGGAAUUUGUCCUGAUUGUAAGUACGAGGAUGCUCGUGGUGAUCAGUGCGAUGGUUGUGGUCACUUGAUCAAUGCUACUGAGCUGAUUAAUCCUAGGUGCAAACUGUGCAAUCAGACUCCGGUUGUUAAAACUUCGGAGCAUUUCUUCUUGGAUCUUCCUAAGAAAAUCAAGACAUUUUACAACAGGAUAAACAGGAUGUCAUUGGGGGUGGCAAGAAACACGCCGGCGUAUAUAAUCAGACAACAAGUGGGAAUUGAACACAUGGAGUACAUAAUAAAGGAACGAGCCUUGAGAUUUCUGGCAGAUGUAGUCAGGAUGGACGAUGACAGGUGGACAAAAAUAUGCAUAAAAAAUGAGAUGAGAGAGAUAAUGAACAAGAAUCCAAAAAAGUGGGGAAAAACAAUAGAAAAAUUUUUACAAAAAAUAGGAAUUGGAGAACUACCGAAAAUGAUUUAUAAGGGUUGCAGCAGUGACGACGUGGAGGAAAAAAUAAAAAGCGGAUUAGAAAAUUAUAAGUGGAUGUUGGAUGAAAAAGAGGAGAUACUAAUAAAAAAAUCCACCUACAACGAGCUAUAUAAAAAUAUAAAAACGGAGGAAAGCAACAACUAUUGGAAAAGAGACAACAUAAGAAGUGAAGAUAAAGAAACAUGGGCUAGAUUACGAUGCGGUAAUAUUUGGAGGGAUGGAAAAAAAGGGCAAAAUAACUGGGGGUGCAGAAUUUGUGAAAAAGAGCAAGAAACGAUUAUUCACAUUAUAAAUUGCAAGGAAAUUCAUGAAAAAGUAACAGUGGAAGGCAAAGAAGCAAAAAAUAAAUGGCUAGAAGAGCCGCGAUGCAUUACCCGUGACAUUAAAUGGGGAAUCCCCGUUCCGCUGGAAGGCUACGAAGACAAGGUGUUCUACGUGUGGUUCGACGCACCUCUUGGGUACCUCAGUAUCUCCAAGAACUACCACGAGGAUUACGAGCAGUGGUGGCGUCCUCAGCCAGAGAUGGAUGUCUCGCUGUACCAGUUCAUGGCCAAAGACAAUGUUCCAUUCCACGCGAUAAUGUUCCCCGCAUCUCUCCUCGCGGCUAAUCAAGGUCAUGUCUUGGUGAAGAGUAUCAUGGCUGUAGAGUAUCUUAACUACGAGGACACCAAGUUCUCCAAGUCUCGGGGAGUUGGAGUCUUUGGUACCGAUGCUAAGGAAACUGGAAUUCCUGCUGAUGUAUGGAGAUUUUAUCUUGCUUAUGUUCGCCCGGAGGGUCAAGAUACUAAUUUUAAUUGGACUGACUUGGCGACUAAGACUAACAGUGAAUUGCUGAAUAAUUUUGGCAAUUUUGUUAAUAGAUCUCUUGCAUUCGCUGAAAAAAAUUACGAAGGAAUAAUCCAAGAAAUGGAACUUCGCGAUGAAGAGUAUAAUUUGCUAGCAUGUGUACAGCGUGAAUUGACACAGUAUAAUUUAUUGAUGGAACAAGCUAAAUUACGUGAUAGCUUAAAAUUAAUUUUGUCAAUAUCAAAGCUGGGUAAUCAGUAUCUACAAGCGCAGCAACCUUGGGCUAAAAUAAAAGGAGAUGAUAAUGAUAAAAAAAUCGCAGGAAUGGUAUCCGGAAUCUGCUGUAACUUAAGUUGCCUGUUGUCAUCACUAAUCGGCCCAUUCAUGCCCGCAAUAUCACUAUCUCUUCGAGCUCAACUAGGAUUUGAAGACCACUACGGCUUCAUCCCCGACACAGUGACGAUUUUACUGGAACCAGGUCACAAAAUCGGCAAAUCUUCGCCAUUGUUUGCCAGAAUAACUGACAAGGAGAUCCAGGCUCUCCGCGAGAAGUUCGGUGGAGUAAAAGAAGAAAAACCGAAGAAGAAUAAAAAGACCCAGAAGCAGAGUAAGAAAAACAAGGAUGAAGUUGCUGAUUUACAAAAGUCUAUAGCCAGCUUGUAA